CGUCACUGGCCUGAGCAUUAGAGCUUCAACUCUUAUACAUUGCAGAACCAUUCUUCACCUCGACAGUCUACUAAAAUUUAAAGAUAGCCAAGUCUCAUCCGAAGAAGAGGCGUACCUAAUUACUUACUCCACCACCCAAGCAUCAGCAAGCACAUCACCACCCACCAUGAAAGAAGCCAUCGUCAACGCAGACCUCUCCGUCGAUAUCAAGGACUCCCCCAUCCCCGAACCGGGCCCAGGCGAGCUUCUCGUCAAAGUCAUCGUCUCCGGCACAAACCCAAAGGACUGGAAACUCCCCUUUUGGUUCCAAGCCGCCUCCAACUCGGGCGAUGACGUAGCCGGCACAGUCGAGAAGGUCGGCGCCGAGGUCUACGAGUUCGAAAAGGGCGACCGCGUCGCCGGGUUCCACAUCAUGCGCACCGCCAACGGCAGCUUCGCAGAGUACGCCAUCGUCCCCGCCUACACCGCCUUCCACCUCCCCGCCAGCGUGUCCUACGAGGAGGCCGCGACGGUGCCGCUGGCGGCGUAUACCGCUGCCGUUGCACUGUUCCACUCGCUCGAGAUACCCUCACCCUGGGACCGGAAGAGGGAGACCAAGGCGCCUGUUGUGAUCUACGGCGCCAGCACAGCGAUUGGGGCGUUUGGUAUUAAGCUUGCCAAGAAGGCGGGCGUGCAUCCCCUCAUCGCCAUCGGAAGCAAGAACAGCGCUUUCGUCACGCCUCUCCUGGAGGAAGGCAAGGGCGACGUCUUCUUGGAUUACACGCAGUUCGAUUCGCAGGAUAAGUUGGCCGAGAAGCUGAGGGAGGUGAUCAAGGCGACCGGACAGCGGUCGUUCAAGGUGUUUGACACGGUCAGCGAGAAGGGAUCGUUCCAGAUGCUCAGCAAGGCCAUCGCCGGCCCGCCCGAGGAGGGCACGGGGUUCAAGCCCAGAAUCACGACAGUAUUGCCCGGUAACGACUUUAGCGACGUUGAUCCUACCGUCGAGGUCGUUGUCACGAGUGUCGGGUUCGUGCACGAGGAGGAGGGCCAGGGCAGGCUGUUUGGGUUGAUCUGGGCGCGGGUGUUUGCCGAGGCGCUGAGGACAGGGUGGAUGAAGUCUCACCCGUAUGAGGUUGUCAAGGGCCUCGAGGGCGUCAAGACUGCUCUCGAUGGGUUGAAGAAUGGCAUCGUCCGCGCCAAGAAGAUGGUUAUCCGCGUUGCGGAUGGCAAUUAGUUGAGAAGAUGUGCGUCGUAGUGUAGUUGACAGCAUGCAGAUCAAAGAAAAAAAAAUGCUUGGCCUAGAUUAAGGUGCUUACGGCUUGCGCGGGACGGUUUUCACCACGUGGG